UAAUGUUCAAGGUUGACUGUCACGUUAGAUGCCAACCGAAGCGAAAAGGGCCCGCGGCCCGCUGGUCGACAAAUGCACCACCGCCAAGGAUGGCUGUGUACAGGUCGUCUGCCGGUCGUUGGUCAUUAUCCGAGGGGGAUGCCAUAGUGCUUAACGACAUUUAAGCUUCAGGGGAUGUGAUAUAAAGCAAUAUUGUCCCUUGAUUCUUUGCUCUCGGACAGCAACCCCCAGACUCAAAAGCCAACUUGAACCACAACAAACCAUCACCCCGACAUCACAACCACCCCCGACCCACCAAAAUGAGCACCGCCAAACCACAACAACAACAACAACCCUCCCUCCACUCCACCACCUCCUCCACCACCCUCACGGCACCCACCACCAACCAAACCGCCACCAACCAAACCACCACCCCCCCGACGCGCGAACCCCGCCAAUACGUCUACGUCGACAAGCGCGUGGCCCCGAACCCAGACGCGCAGCCCAAGCCCAAGUCGCGCCUGAGCCGGUUCCUGUCCAAGUUCGAGAGCUCGGUGGUGCGGCAGGCCAACGCGGCGCGCGAGCGGGAGGCGCUCGAGGCGGAGCGCACGGGCGUGCGCAAGUACGCCGCGACGGGGGCGCCGGGGAAUUCGACCCAGAGUACCGCGGCUUUUAUGUGAGGGGUUGUGGGAGGGG